CUCUGCUCGGCUCUUUCCGCCUGCCCUCGGCUCUUUCCGCCUGCCCUCGGCUCUCUCCGCCCGCCCCUCAGCGCCGCCGGUGCCAUGGCCGGUGGUCGCCGCUCUCCGUGCUGCCCGGGCCGGGCGGCGAUGCCCUCUCCGUGCUGCCAGGGCCGCGCGGCCGUGCCCAGCGUGCACCAGAGCCUGUCCGAGAUGGACUUCGAGCGGGGGAUCUGGGCGGCGGCGCGGGACGGGGACGAGGAGCGGGUGCUGCGGCUGCUGGAGCGGCGGGGGGACCCCGCGGAGCCCGACCUGGCGGGGUACACGGCACUGCACUACGCCAGCCGGAACGGGCACCUGGCCGUGUGCCGCCUGCUGCUGGAGCGCGGCGCCCCGUGCGACGCCCGCACCCCCGGCGGGGCCACCCCGCUGCACCGCGCCUGCUACUGCGGCCACCGCGCCGUCACCGAGCUGCUGCUGCAGCACGGAGCCGACCCCGCCGCCGCCGACGGCGACGGCAGAACCGGCCUGCACAAGGCCGCCGAGCAGGGGCACCGCGAGCUCUGUGCCCUCCUCCUGCGCCAGCGCCCGGCCCUCGCUGCCCUCCGCGAUGCCAGGGGCCGCAGCCCGCGGGACGGGGCGCACCCGGCCGUGUGGGACCUGCUGGACACCUGAGGGGACACAGAGGCGACAACCGGGCCCGGUGCCAGUCCCGGUACCGCCGCCGCUGCUUCCGUGUUCCGCCAGCACGCCCCGCCCACUACCAGCUCUCCCAGCCAAUCACCUCCCGCAUUUAGUCCGUAGCCCCGCCUUCCUUCCACCGCAACCAAUCAGCACGCGCGGUGUCAUUAUGGGGCGGGGUUUCGCGGUGUAAACAACCCCCCGCGGGUGGGGGGGGAUUUAAAGGCGCCGCGUCCUUUUUAACCGGGCCCCCCUCCCCCCCCGCGCGGCGCCGAGCACAGCCGGGUACAGAUAUAGAAUCUUUAUUAACCCAUCUGGCAAAAAAAUAACCCGAAAAAACCCUCCGCGAAAUCCAAAUUCCACGGUCGGUUUCACAAGCGGGGCGUGGGGGGAGGGGCAGAACCGGGCGGGGGAGGCCCGGCCCCCCCCGCCCCUCCCCCCAUCCCCCCCGCGGCCCCAGCGCCCCAAAAAAUACAAAUCAAACCUGAACAAUAAAUAGGAAUCCCCCGGGGGGGAGGAAAAGGAGGGGUUUGCAUAGAGGAAGAUUUAAUAAAAAAGGUUUUUUUGUCUUUUU